AUGCUGACGUUGAAAGCAUGUGCGAGAAUUUUGGGCAUCUUGUUGGAACUUGGCGGCUUGAGGGCUCAAACGACGGCUGUGAACACGUCUAAUUCAUCAAGAGUGAUAGAAGAUCCAGCGAGCCUUGUUCUGCCAUUUAUCGGCACCACAAAUGGAGGACACGUUUUUCCUGGUGCGACACUACCGCAUGGAAUGAUCAAGGUUGGGAUGGAUACAGACUCACCGGAAAAUCAAGGGGGGUACGAUGCCGAUACAAGGUUCGAUGUCAUCGGAUUCUCUCAACUUCAUGAUAGUGGUACUGGUGGCGGCAUCCCACUCUCGAAUUUCAAGCUCUUCGGCCUCAAGGACACAGACUGCUUUUCAUUCGAGCAAUGUCCGACCUCUUUAUUCUUACGGGCGACGCAACGAAAAAUUCUUCCAGAUAGCACACCAGACGACUUUGCCUCCCCCGGUUACUUCUCAACAAACCUCUCAAAUGACAUCCGCGUCGAACUCACCGCUGCUCGUCGUGCUGCUCUCCAUCGUUACACGUUUCCUUCCAGCGUAACUUCACCUCGUAUGAUAGUUGACAUCACCAACGAUGGGCAACAGAGCAGCCGUGAUCAAGAAAUGAGUCUUGACCCCAAGACAGCGAGAGUCCAAGGUGGUGCGACUUUCACUGCUUCAUUUGGGCCUGGGUCGUACCGGGCUUUCACUUGUGUGGAUUUCAAGGGUGAAGGGUUUGACCUUGGGACACCUGUACAGUUUGGAGUUUGGUUGUCUGAUACCACGAUUACGGGAGCCACGAACCUGAAGCAGGUGUAUGCUGGUCCCCGAGAUGAAGCCGGGGCGAUUUUUGGGUUCAGGAAAGCACCUCGUGGGCCUACUAGAAUCCUUGCGCGAGUUGGCGUAUCUUUCAUCUCAUCCGAACAAGCGUGCUCCAAUGCAGAAGAAGAUAUUCCGGAUUUCGAUUUUGAUCGUGUACACCAGGCAAAUCGAGCAGAGUGGAAUGAGCUACUUGGACGUAUACAGGUGGAUACUACGGGUGUAUCUGAGGAUAUCGUCAAGUUAUUUUAUUCUUCUCUUUACCGAAGUCAUAUUUCUCCAGCAGAUUACUCGGGAGAAAAUCCCAAAUGGAAUUCGACAGAGCCGUACUACGAUUCAUAUUACUGCAAUUGGGAUACUUACCGAACGUUAUACUCUCUUUUGGCCCUUCAAGACCCGGUAAAUUUCGCGAGAAUUGUAAGAGCUAUGAUCGAUAUACAGAAACAUGAAGGAUGGCUUCCGGAAUGUCGGGGUGCUACCGCGCAACACUGGAUUCAAGGAGGAAGUAAUGCCGAUCCGAUUUUGGGAGAGUUCUGGGUCAAAUACCAUGAACGAGCAGCAGCACUGAAUGUUUCCGGAAAUGAUUUAUACAACGCUUUACUCGCUGAUGCAGAGAACGAACCUCCGAAUUGGAAUUUGCAAGGAAGACAGGCCAAUGCGUGGAAGACGUUCAAUUAUGUUCCCCACGAUAUCCUUGAUCCGGGAGGUGCCAAUUCGAAACAAGUUUCUCGGACUCUCGAGCAUGCUUUCGGUGACUUUGCGAUUUCUCAAGUGGCGAAAAUACGAGGUAAUACUGAGGAUGCUGCGAAGUAUGUUCAACGUGCCGGAAACUACUUCAACGUCUGGAAUCCCAACAUUACCGUACCAGAUGCACCUUCUGUUCGAGGAAUGAUGCAGCCACGAUCAUCUAACGGAACCUUUGACUUUACCGACCCAAGACAUUGUAGUAUUCAUGAUCCUGAAGGAGCCACUUGUUUCUUGGAUGCUGCUAAUAUGGAUGGUUUUUAUGAGGGGUCACCGAUAAUUGUGAGCUUUUAA